UUGCAAGUGCCCUCACAAUUUGUCAGGAAGGAAGCGACAGCCUUUGCUUCCUUGACUGGUCUGGCUAUGGAAACUGAAAAGAAUUCUAGAAAGUGAGCCAGUUGGCAGCCACUUUAUGCCUAAUUUCUGCCCAACGCCAGGACGCAAUGAAUCCACCACCCCAUUAUGAUAUCAAGCGCAGUGGCAACGGCACCUCCUUAUCCGCACGUUAGCAACACACGGCUCCGACGUCUCUCAAGCUUCGACGACGACGACCGAAUCUCCCCAGCCCCUCCUCCUACUCCGUGAUGGGUUUUAGUCCGCUACUCAACAUUUUUCCCCAAAAGAAAUCUUUGGUGUCUUGCUGACUCAGCUCCCGUCUUAUGUGCAAAACCAAAAUGGCUGUUGACGCUUACGAUCCCAACUCAGACCGGUCUCGCCCGAGUCAGACCCUCCGAACUCGACCCCCUCAGACUCAGUCCCCUCCUACCGCCAUCAAAACCCCGAAAUUCGCCACCAGCUCCUCUUCAGAUCCCUCAACUUCAAAUUACGUAGCAACUUCUUCUUAUUCUUCUGCAACAAGCACAACGCUCUCCAGCCGGACCUCUCUCCCCAGCCUCCGGAACACAUUGCCGGAGAACCCUCACCUCUACGACAUAUCCGAGAUUCGCGUCGCCACCAACAACUUCCUUGCCGAGCAUCACUCCUCCUCCACCCCGUCCUGGCGCGGUACCUUGCGGGGAAGAAACUGCAUGAUCUUCCAACGCAAGUUCAGAUGCAAAAUCGAGAUGCAACAGCUGAGAGAACGGUUGUCGGUGAUAUGCAGGAGCCACCAUGUCAGCGUAAUUAAGCUCCUUGGAGCUUCUGUCUCAGGAGAUCACAUAUACCUCGUGUAUGACUUCAUUAAUGGCGCUAAUCUCGCAGACUGUUUGCGGAACGAAAGGAACCCUACUUUCACAGUCUUGUCUUCCUGGAUCUCCAGAAUGCAAAUCGCAACGGAUAUAGCACACGGCCUCGAUUAUAUCCACAAUAAAACUGGAUUAAACAUAACGUUCGCUCAUAAUCACAUAAAGAGCAGUAGUAUUAUGGUGACUGAACCGUCACUCAAAGCCAAGAUCUGUAACUUCGGUGCAGCGCAAUUGUGUGGAGAGAUGGACGAUGAUGAGGGCAGAACCGCCGGUUCUUUUAGGGGUGAAAUCGUGGAAAUGCUUGAGGAGUCUUCUUCACCAAUACGAUUUAGGAGAUAUGAUAGCACAAGAAUGCAAUUCGAAGGCGUGAGAGGGUACAUGUCGCCGGAAUUCCAAACCACGGGGAUCGCAACACAGAAGUCGGACGUGUACGCGUUUGGAGUAGUGAUACUGGAGCUAUUAUCCGGUGAUGAGCCUUUCAAGUACAGAUUCGACAAAGCGAAAGGUGAGUAUAUAAGGACUUCGUUAAUCGAGACGGCGAUAGAUGUGAUCGACGGCGGCGGAGACAGAUUGAGGAAGUGGGUCGAUAAGAGGCUGAAAGACUCGUUCCCGGUGGAAGUUGCCGUGAAGCUGACACGUGUAGCCCUCGACUGCGUCAAAGAGGAUCCAGAUAAACGGCCAGAUAUGGGACAGGUGGCUGGAAAGAUUUCGAAGCUGUAUUUACAAUCGAAGACUUGGUCGGAGAAGAUGAAGAUUCCGACUGAGAUUUCAGUGUCGUGGGCUCCCAGAUGAGUUGGAAUUACACUCUGGCUGAUGAGUUCUGUUUUUACAAUUGCUUUUCGACGGUGACAGGAGUAAGGAAAAAAGGAAUAUGUUUUAUUUUAGUUCAGUCUCACCAUAAAAUUGACCAUUCUCUUUGUUAAUUACUCUGGUUUCCACUUUCCAGGAUAGGAACAAAUAUGCUAAGCCCUUUAUAUGUAGGAGCAUAACAUUAUUUCCCACCAGCAAAUUUGUAUUAUUUUCUUGUAAGUUGUAACCUAAUAACAUACCAUUCAGUAUAGAACACAAUUGACUCA